GAUAUCACAUUCCAUUUGGUAAAUACUCAUUUUAUAUGCUCACAAGAAGAACUCACAUUUUUAGAUAACUUUGAGAAAACCAACCACCAUCUCUCUCUCUCCCCUUUGGCGGCGCGUUCAGUUCACUCGCAGCUGCGCUAUGGGACAGUCCUAUUCGUUUCCUGAGUCUCCGGCGGAGCACAGUCCAAGUGAAAUAUCAACGAGCCGCCGUUUCAGCUUCAACCCGGUGGCGAUUGUUUCAUCCUUGAACGACAAAGAGUCCGAGUUUCACGGGGAAGUCACCCAGGGCCGUGACUACACCUCCGAUCUUCCCGACGAGUUGUUGGCGAGUAUUUUUCACUUCCUCGGUGCCGGAGACCGGAAACGAAGCUCGCUCGUCUGCCACCGGUGGCUGAGAGUCGACGGCCGGAGCCGGCACCGCCUCUCUCUCAACGCCCAUGCCGGGCUCCUCCGUUUCCUGCCUGCUCUCUUCGCCCGCUUCGACUCGGUCACGAAGCUCGCGCUUCGAUGCGAUCGCAAAUCGAUCAGCCUGGACGACGACGCUUUGUUCCUGAUCUCGAUUCGCUGCAGAAACCUGACGCGCCUCAAGCUCCGCGGCUGCCGGGAAAUCACCGACCUCGGAAUGACCGCGUUUGCGCAGAACUGUAAGGGCCUGAAGAAGCUCUCCUACGGCUCCUGCCUGUUCGGCGCCAAAGCCAUGAACGCCGUCUUUGAGCACUGCCCGGCGCUCGAGGAGCUCUCCGUGAAGCGGCUCCACGGUGUCCACGACGGCUCGGAGCUGAUCGGCGACAAAAUUGCGUCGUCGUCGCUGAAAUCGAUAACCUUGAGGCAGAUACUGAACGGACAGUGCUUUGGGCCGCUUAUCGUCGGCUCCAAGAAUCUCAAGACCCUGAAGCUAAUCCGCUGUUUGGGGGAUUGGGAUACGGUUCUAGAAAAGCUUGAAAAUGGAAACCAGAGUUUGAUUGAAGUUCACCUGGAGAGGUUGCAGGUGACCGAUUUGGGGCUGUCGGCAAUUUCGAAAUGCUCGAAUUUGGAGGUUUUGCACAUUGUUAAGGCUCCUGAGUGUUCAAAUUUCGGGCUUAUCUGUGUUGCCAAAAACUGCAAGAUGCUUAGGAAGCUUCACAUUGAUGGAUGGAGGACGAAUAGGAUUGGGGACGAAGGUUUGAUUGCCAUAGCCAAAGAGUGCCCAAACAUACAGGAGCUUGUUCUGAUUGGUGUGAAUCCUACCUCUUUGAGUCUAACUGCAAUUGCCUCCAAUUGCCAAAAAUUGGAGAGGUUGGCGCUCUGCGGUAGCGGAUCAUUUUGUCCUUUAAUGUUAGUUGAAGAUGAUGUUACACGACAUUCAGAACGAGCCUUGAGGUGAAUGAAUCAGAAAGAACAAAAUGAAUUAGAAAGAACAAAGAAGUAAGUAAAAGAGACGACUCUUUCUUGAACUAUAUCAUAAACAGAUCCUCCCCUCCACACCAAUCAUGAGUUUUUCUCCAUUCCUCUUGUAUAUCGUAACGCCCUUACUGCUAUGUUUUGAAAAAAACUUUUCAUUUCAUUCCCAUUUAGGUUCGAUUCAGAUCCCUCUGUUGUUUCCUUUUCCUUUCGCACGUUUUUCCCGAAAUGAUAAAGAAGACGGUACAUUUAAAUUGUACUAUUGAAGUGCU